UUCGAAAUUCCCCUUUUGCUCGGCGCACGCGGCAUGGUUGCAGCUUCGGCCGCGCAGGCGUCGUUUCGGGUCCCUUGGCUUGCGCCUCGUCGCUUACAGCGCUUAAAACGGUGCCGGAUUCGCUCGUAUUCGAACCUGGGCUCUGCGACGCGAGGCUCCGUAACGCGCCGCGCUCGCCGCUGAGGGGCGCGCGGGCCGCGCUGACGGCGCGGAGGGGAGGCCCAGGGUCAUGUGCGUCGACGCUGCGACCGGCGGCUCCCCUAGGUCUACGGCCGGCGACAUAUCCGUCGGGGCCGAAACGCCGGUUUCGGUCGGACGCGGCCGACGCAGCAGGAGCUGCAUUACGGCUGGACGCGACGGUGCCGCGCGAAGCGUCGCAUGUCGGCCGGCAGUCCGACGGCCCGUGAAGGUCGGCGGUGACCGAGGGUCACUUUCCCGCCGUGACCAUGGCCUACGAGCGCGAGAAACGGGUCGCGCGGCGCGCGGGCGGCGACUUCGAGGCGCGGCUCCACGUCGUCGAGCUGGCGACGCGUCGCGUACUGUUCGGGCUCGAGUGAGGGCCACUCGAAGUGCAUCCAAAUCCGCGCGGAACGGGUCGCGGUUUCAUGACGGUCCCGGCGGAGUCGUUCUGAGGAGCGUGCGUCUGUGCGGAGCAACGUCGGGUGACGGAAGCCCCACCGCAAGCUGUAGAAACCGCUCGGGUACUUACGGGAGUCGAUCGGCCUUGGGCGGGCCGAGGCCGCGAGGGUGUUUUCGGGCGACGGCGUCGGGCCACGUACUGGCCGUCUUCGCGCCGCAAACCCGUCCCGCGGCCAUGGGCUCGUCGGAAGACCGUGGCGCGCGGCUUUGGCAGGGCCGGGCCGCCGCCGCGCGCGGGGGCCGCGCCCUCUGUAGUUGUGACCCCACUAAUUGUAUAGAAAGACGU